UUUGGUUUUUAUUGAUGCGGAACAACAAGUCCGAACAAACUCUGCUGCUCCACUUCCGAAUGUUUGAAACACCUCCACCAGACCAGCGCCUCCUCCUGCAGCUCCCGAGGAGACACCGAUCCGCUCCACCGGGCCGAUGACGGAGAACGAGCGAGCCGCCAGAACCCUUAAACACGUUCUGCAGAAACCGGGGAACGGCAGCUGCGCGGACUGCGGCGCCGACAAUCCGGAAUGGGGCUCCUGUUCUCUGGGCGUCUUCAUCUGUCUGGCCUGCUCCGGGGUCCAUCGCAGUAUCCCCGACCUCGGAAAAGUCAAAUCGCUCCGACUCUCACGCUGGGAGGAUUCAGAAGUUCAGUUCAUGUCUGAGCGAGGGAAUGAUGCCAUGAACGCCGUGUAUGAAGCUGCACUUCCUGUUUACUACUACAAACCCACACACAGAGACUGCCAUGUAGCUGAUGGAUCCGGCGCGAAUCCGGUUGAGGAGGAGUUCAUGCCAGAACGGCAAAGAGCUUUCUAUGAGGAACGGAAGAGGGGGCGGGACAAUGGACAGUUCCUGAACAGACGAUUCGUUCUAUCGCUGAGGGACUGCACACUAAAGUACUUCACUAAACUCGACGCUAAGGAACCCAAAGCUGUUCUAAAGGUGGACACCAUCAACGCACUUGCUUCAACGCCCGCUUGGAAAUCUUCUGACUGGUCGUGUGUGUGUGUCUCUGUCUCUCUUCUCCAUCAGGAGAUCGUGGAGUGGUUUAACUGCAUCCGCGCGGCGCAGCUGCACUACCUGAAGGUGGCGUUCCCUGGAGCCACGGACGCUGAGCUGAAGCCCAAACUCACACGCAGCUUUCUGAAAGAGGGAUACAUGGAGAAAACCGGCCCGCGGCAAACAGAAGGCUUUAAGAAGCGCUGGUUCACGCUGGAUCACCGGAGGCUCAUGUACUUCAAAGAUCCUCUGGAUGCGUUUGCUAAAGGCGAGGUGUUCCUGGGGCACAGAGAUCAUGGGUACCGCAUUACGAUCGGACUCCCCGCCGGGACCCACUACAACGGGUCGUGGCAGUACGGCAUCACCAUAGAAACGCCCGACCGCAGCUUCCUGUUCACCUGUGAAACAGAUACGGAGCAAAAGGAUUGGAUGAGACAUUUCAAUGCAGUCAUCAACACUCCCAUGAGCCCACAGGAGUACACAGUGGAGGCCUACUUCAAACACAAACACUGAUGGAUCAGGGAACCUUCGGCGUGACCUCUGACCUUUCACCUGUGACCUCUGCAGCUGACCCGCCACAGAUCUCACAGCUUGUGCCUCGGAUGUUUGUGUUUUUAAGUUGUUUUACACUAAGUAUUUGUUUGAAUACUGUACUAUAUGAUUCUGUAUCAUUACAUCUUGAAACUCAGAGUAUUUUGUCUCCAUAACAUUAUAUUUGCAUGUCUGUGUUUUCCACAAACUGUUUGCUACCAAAUCUUGUUUUUUUUUAAAUCUUGAUUUUUUUAUUUUUAUUUUAGGAUUAACCGCUCCAUCUAGUGGGGAGAUUAAGUUAUUUAACCACUGACCCUUCACAUGAACAUUUAUUAAAACGAUUUGCAACACAUUUUUAAGUGAAAGUCAACUCUCUAAUUCUAAACCUCCUUUUAUUACAUAUUAAAGGGACAGUUCAGUCAAAAAUGAUAAAAAAUAUCAUCCUGUCAUCAUUUAUUCACCCAAAUGUUGUUCCAAACCUGAAUGACUUCCUUUCUUCUAUGGAUUACAAAAGGAGAUGUUUAGCAGAAUGUUCACACUGCUCAUUUUCAUACAAUAACAGGUUAUAGUGACCACGUUUAGCCUCAAAAAAGCCCAAAAACCUUAUAAGUGUCAUAAAACUAUCCAUCAUGUCUGGCAAAAAUAUUCACACCCCUUCAUUUUUUGUCACAUCUUGUCAUGUUGCAAUCUUUUUUUCCAUGAUGGCAAGUUUAUAUAUAUAUAUAUAUAUAUAUAUAUAUAU